GAGGCAGCGCGAUAGAACAGCGGCGAAACCCGGUUUUCACGCGACCCCGAACUUUCAGCAGCCCGUUUUGGUGCUCAUUUUUCGGCAAUUUUCGCUCUCAGUUUUUCCCCCAAGUGUAGGUGACCGGAAGGGUGGCAGACGAUACUGCAACCGUUUUUCUUCGGGAACACGAAGCAAACAACGCAAAAUGAUAAAUAACGCUAUCAGUUUAUAAACAAAUUGGCCAUCAAUGAAAAAUAAAGCUUGGCUUAUCAGCCAGCAACAGGCAGUCCAGUCGAUCUUCGUGUGGGGAACACUGUCUUCCCGCAUCAUGUAAACACUAUUCUCCAUCGGCCACUUUCUCAUUGAAAAGUGUUGAGUUAACUGUGUUGAAAUGGGAGCUUACGUGGCGACUAUUAGUGUGCUGGCCAGUGUUUUAAUCGUAACAACGUUGCAGCACGCCGACUUGAACACUAGCCAUAGCAAAUAUAGUGUGGACCAGCUGUUGAACAGUGUGUUUCCGACAAAAGUGUCCAGCGACAUCGAUCUCGACCCAUGCAAAGCGGGCAACUUUCAAGGGGACAUUGCACUGGCUGAGGAGAACCUGACGAAGGACGGCAAACAGUCCCAACUUCAGGAGGAAGUCGAGCAGCACAAGCAAGAGGUACUGGAGGGGCUGCAAAUUGAGGAAGAAGGCCUGACAGACUUAUUUCGCAAAAAGCUCAAGCACCCCAAUGACCGGCUCUCGUCUAGAAACGACAACGAUCCUACGGAGUAUGUUGCGAUAUUGGAGACAGUGCGUAAAAGCGGGCAGGUCUUGAAAAGUGCCCCUGUUAAGUCAGUGAAAAACGACAAUGAGGCGCAUCGGCGCAAGAAGCGGCAUCAGCGUCGACGCUCCAAAAGGAGGAAAAAGUCCAGGAUGGUGGAGGAUUUGUUUCAAGAGACGCCAGCGCACCAGUUUGAGCCCCAUUUCGAUCUGAAGAGAAAACGAACGGAUGAAGGGCGGCCCUUAAACAGAGUGUCGAGGGCGGCGACCGCCCGCAAAGAGCGUGUGUGGGACUAUGGCGUGAUCCCAUAUGAAAUUGACGGGAAUUUCAGCGGAAUGCACAAGGCGCUCUUCAAACAGGCGAUGAAGCAUUGGGAGAACUUCACCUGUGUGAAGUUCGUCGAGCGCAACCGGGAUGAGCACCAGAACUACAUCAUCUUCACUGAACGGCCCUGUGGGUGCUGUUCUUUCGUGGGGAAGCGUGGAAAUGGAGGCCAGGCGAUCAGCAUUGGGAAAAAUUGCGACAAAUUCGGCAUAGUGGUGCACGAGUUGGGACAUGUGGUGGGUUUCUGGCACGAGCACACUCGCCCAGACCGCGACAACCACGUGAACAUCCUUCGGGAGAGUAUCAUGAGCGGGCAAGAGUACAACUUUAAUAAGCUGAACGAUGAGGAGGUGAACUCGCUGGGACUCACCUACGACUACGACUCCAUAAUGCAUUAUGCCAGGAAUACCUUUUCCAAAGGAACUUAUCUGGAUACGAUCCAGCCGGUUGACAUGCCUGGCCGCAAGCGGCCGGAAAUUGGGCAGAGAGUGCGGCUGAGUGAGGGCGAUAUUGCCCAGACUAAUCUCCUUUAUAAAUGUCCCAAGUGCGGAAGGACCUUCCAGCAAAACGCCGCCACUUUUUCUCCUCCUCUGUAUCAUAGCGACAAAGUUCCAGAGCAAGGAGUGCGCUGCGAGUGGAGAAUCACCUCCACCCAUGGGGAGAAGAUCGUCCUCAAUAUCACUGGCCUGGAUAUCGGGAAAUCUCCCGACUGCAAGGAGGACUAUGUGGAGGUUCGAGAUGGGUACUGGCACAAAUCGACCGUUCUGGGAGUUUUCUGCGGCACUGGCCAGGUGCCCUCCAUCACAUCCACUGGAAGCCGCAUGUUGGUCACUUAUGUGGCGAAGCGGCCCAAAGGCCACCGCGGUUUCACUGCCAGUUAUGAAGCCAUAUGUGGAGGCGACCUCUACAUCGACUGGGAGGGCCAUUUGGAGUCUCCCAACUAUCCGGAGGAGUAUCAGCCGAGCAAGGAGUGCAUUUGGAGAAUAACCGUGCCCGAGAACUAUCAGGUGGCGCUCAAGUUCCAGAGCUUCGAUGUGGAGAAUCACGAUAAUUGCGUGUACGACUAUGUGGAGAUUCGCAAUGGGAUCACCCUGGACUCCCCCAUUAUCAAAGUACAUUGCGGCAACAAAGUGCCCAGCGACGUGAUCUCCACCUCCAAUCACAUGUUGGUAAAGUUUGUCUCCGACGGUUCGAUGCAAAGAGUUGGAUUCGCAGCCACCAUCAUGAAGGAAUACGACGAAUGCUCCAAGGUGGACCAUGGAUGCGCUCAGCAAUGUAUCAACACACUGGGCAGCUACGUGUGCGCCUGCCGAAUCGGCUACGAGCUCCACUCGGAUGGAAAGAACUGCGAAGACGCCUGUGGAGGAGUGUUUGAACUGCCCAAUGGAACCAUCACAUCGCCCUCCUUCCCAGACCUCUACCCUCUGGGCAAGAACUGCGUGUGGGAGAUCGUGACCCAGCCCAUGUACAGAAUCACCCUCAACUUUACUCAUUUUGACUUGGAAGGGAAACAGCAGAAGGAGUGCGACUACGACAAGGUGGACGUUUUCAGCAAGCUGAAGGAGGGCCGGAUGAGGCGGCAUGGUUCCUACUGCGGCUCCAAAUCGCCUGGGAUGAUCACUUCCGAAGGCAACAGUAUGCGCGUAGUGUUCUACUCCGAUACUAGUGUACAAAAAACUGGGUUUGCUGCAGUGUUUUACUCGGAUCUAGAUGAAUGUGCCACUGACGAAGGAAACUGCCAACACGAGUGCGUAAACACGUUGGGUUCCUACAUAUGCACCUGCCACAACGGCUACACUUUACACGAGAAUGGGCGCGACUGCAUAGAAGGGGGCUGCAAGUACGAAAUCUCCAGCCCCAGUGGCACGCUGACCAGCCCCAACUAUCCCGACUACUAUCCAGGAAAAAAGGAUUGCGUCUGGCACUUCAGUACCACGCCCGGCCAUAGAGUGCGCAUUGUUUUCCGCUACUUUGAGCUGGAGCCUCACCAGGAGUGCGCCUACGAUCACGUGGACUUCUACGACGGUUCCUCCCCAGAAGCGCUCUCAUUGGGGAGGUUUUGCGGCUCCAAGCUGCCCCAUUUGAUCGUCUCCAGCGGCAAUCAGCUCUACAUGACCUUCCGAUCGGAUGCCAGUAUCCAGAGAACAGGCUUUUCAGCCACUCACUCUACAGUGUGCGGCGGGCUCGUCCAGGCCAGUUUGGAGAAGAAACACAUCUACUCCCAUGCAAAGUUUGGAAGCGCCAACUACGACAACAGGGCGGACUGUGAUUGGACGAUUGAGGCCCCCAUUGGCUACAACACCCACUUGUCCUUCUUAACCUUCGAUGUGGAGGAGGAGUCGGAUUGCAUGUACGAUUAUGUGGAGGUGUUCAGUGGCUUGGAGGCCGCAGGCCCCAGCUAUGGAAAGUUUUGCGGUUCUAAGAAACCUUUCGACAUCAUUUCCACCAAUGAGGCCUUGCUGGUGCGCUUUCGAUCCGACGGCACUUUGGGCAGCAAAGGCUUCAGCCUUGUUUAUGAGGCUGUACCUACUUACAGUGAGGAGGACAGUGACAUUUAAGGCUGGGACUUAGAAGCCAAAAGGUUGUCUUCCUUUUUAGAGUUAGAGUUUGGUCGCAAUGUCCCUUUAAAACAAACGACUGUUUCUCAAUUCUCAUUUGCAUGAACUCGAAUGGAUUCCCCGCUCAAUUUAGGACCAGAUCCAUAUCAGGGCGCUUAAAAGGGCUUUAAAUAGAUGGCGCCUGGAUGUAGCAGUAAAAUCCUGCUCAGAGGGACUUUGACUUAAAAUUGUGUGUGUUUGCUGUUAAAUUAAUAAACUUAGUACUUAAA